UCAAAAUGGCAUUUUCCUUCGCCCUUCGUUGUUUAUAAUUGCUGCUCGCUGAAAUCGAAACGAUUUAGUCCUUUUCAAAGGAAGUAAAUAAGCUAAUAAGGAUAAACAAAGUGAUUGGAUACCAAGGGGAACAUGUUGGAGACCAAGAGCAUUGCUGAAUUGGCUUUUGUAGAUCGAGAGACGCCGCGCAAGCGCAAAAGGGAGACCCCGCCCCCGCCCCUUCCCUUGGCACUGGAAAAGGACGCUCGACAGGAUGCAGCUGUCCAAGUGACGUCAUCGGAAUCCAAAUCCUGCUUCACCAAUGCCGCCUUUAGUUCCACACCCAAGAAGCUAAUCGGUCGCCGUCUGGCCAAGGAGAAUAGCAAUCCAUUUCCGGGUUUCGAGGUGAAGUCCAUUGCCGAUCUUGCCCAGAAAAAGCAGCAACCAAAACCACAACAACAACAGCAACAACCAUUGUCCACAAAUCCUUUCGAGGUCCUACGAGAUCAGCCAUCCAAGAAGAAGAAGCGCGAACACGCCUGCUUCGAAAAUCCUGGCCUGAAUUUGGAACUACCCGAAAAGCAAUUCAAUCCAUAUGAGGUCAUCCGCUUGGCUGCCACGCCGGCCAAGGGAUUCGUGAAUCCCGGCCUGAAUUUGCGCGGCGGCGAUGCCCCGGCCUCGCUGAAUCCCUUCGAGAUCCAUCGCCCCAGUGAGGCCUCCGAGGCGGCCUGCAAUCCCGCGGGUGUGGCCAAUCCGGCCCUGGCCGAUCGGGAUGCCGAGACCGAGGAGCCGCUGCCCACCAGCCUGAAGAUCGGUCUGCCGUUCACCCCGACCCUCGGCUGUCGCAUCGACUUCCACGGCAUGUCGCUGGCCCAGUUGACGCCCAGCAAGCUGCUGGCCGAGAAGCUCGUGUUCUCGCCAGUUCCGGCUCCAAAGCGCUCACUGGGUGCCAUCAGCGAGGAGUCCUCCUCGAUGGACAUUGGCAGGGAGCUGGAUCGCUAUCAGCUGGAGCUGGAGAACAGCAUCAACGAGGCCAAGCUGAGGAAGAAUGGCGUUGAGGUGGAGACACCUAAGAAUGCCAAAAUUUCAGUGUUCAUGGAAACGGAUGCGCAGGAAACGAUGAUGCAGGAAGUGCAGGUCAGGGAUGACCCGACCAGCCAAGUGGAGAGACGUCUGGUUUGCACCAGGAGACGCACCCUCACCGAAAUAACCGAGGAUCCCGAAGUGGAGGAGACCAAAGAGCAGGAUCUGGAGCAGGAGGCGCUGCUCGAGCAGGAGAGAUUGCUGGAGCAGGAGAAGCUCCUCGAAAGGGAAAGGCAUUUGGCGCGGGAGCAGCAACUGGAGCGGGAGAAACUCCUGGAGAGGGAGAAGCACUUGGAGCGGGAGAAGCUGCAGGAGAAGUUGCACGAACAGCUCAGGGAGAAGCUGCAGGAAAGGGUUAGACAGCUGGAGAAGGAGAAGCUGCAGGAGGAGGUGGAGGAGGAGGAACAGCUGCUCCUGAAACAGCAGCAGCAGAAGGAGGAGGAUGUGGCCUAUGCCUCCGAAUCCGAGGAAGAGCCCGAAGAUGACCUAGACUUCAAGGCUCCGGCCCGCUUCGUUCGGGCCUAUCGACCAGCCGCUUUGCCCGCCAAAGCCACCAGCAAGGAGUCGCUCCACUCCAUCGCCUCCAGCAAGUCCUCCAAAUCGGUUGAUACCAAACCCACUGGCGGAAUGAAGAGUAUGAUAAGAAAGUCCAUCCGAAGACUUAUGCAUCCCACCCAGUCUUCACCCGAGAAAACUGAGGAUAAGGAGGCACCCACAAACAAUCAUCAUCAUAACUUGCUAAACAGCAUUCGGCACAGCCUGCGGAGACGGCCCCAAAAGUCCACCGAUGUGGAGCACCCGAUGGAGCCCACUCCCGCCGACAUAUCAAUUGUCGACGGCAGUGAGCGGACCAUGAAACUCCGCUCGAGUGUCCCACAAACCGAGUACAUGACCAUCGACCAGUUGACCAACGAGAAGAAGCACACGCUGAGGAACAGCAUCCGGCGGUCCACGCGGGACGUGCUGCGCCAUGUGUUCCACAAGAGCCACGAUGCCUACGCCACCGCCAAGUGAGGGCAUGUUCCUCAUCCCGCUUAGGAAUGGGUCGACUUUGGAGGGGACUUUAAAUUGUCAAAAAAUUAUAGAGGCAGCCAAGUAAUAUAUGGUCAGUUUUUGGGGAUUCCUAAUUUAUUGUAAUAUUUGAUCAGCUUAUGGGAAUUCUACUUGAUAAGAAAAUUCCUAAUUACCUUGUUGUUACAAAAGUAUUUUAAUUGUUUAAAAAUCACAAAUUGAAAGUUUAUCUAUUGUCAGUUAAAGGAAAUUAUAUUUUAUAAGGAGUUUCCCAAAAAAACUUAUUGAAAAAUAAUUUAAAUUGAUUUAUAAGGAUGUGUCAUAGAAAAAGUUCUUAAGUUCAUUUUCAACGAAAAAUUCAAAGACAACCUUAGUUUACUGACCUCUAUUUAUAUUUUUUAACCCAUUCAAAGUCCACCCAUUUCAGCAAGGUAUUAAAUUCAUUGAACACUAUUUUUAGCACCUAGUUAAGUUUUUAAAUGCACCCAAAGAUUGUCACACAAAACCAGCAAAAACCGAAAGGAAACCUAUUUCGAGUGGAAAGCAAAUCCAUAUUUUAAUUUUUAUAAAUGGAAAGUUUUCAACUAGUUUUAUCAAUAUUUUUUUUGAAUGUAUUCAAGGGAACUCCCUAAAAAAAUUUGCAAAUGUAUUCACACGAUGUUUAUAAUAUUAAGUACUUGAUGUUUGCACGUUUAUUCAUAUAUGUAAUGUUUGUCAAUGUCCUUUAAUAUAUGCUUUUAAUAUAUAUACAUUUGUUUUUUACAUCAACUUUUUGUAUGCAUUGUGAUUUUCUACUUGAAUCAGGGAAACGAUAACAA